UAAAACCCCUUUCAAAUUACAAGACUGAUAAUUACACAACCGAAUAAUUAUGAUACAAAAAUAGUCCUCUAUGGUAAAAAAAGGUACCAAUACAAUGAAGUGUCUCAUUUUGUGUCAAAAUGUCUGUUCCAAGACACCAAUUUCCUUUAAGUGUAAAAGUAUAAACUAUGCAAAGCAGUGACAUUAACAAACAACAACUUUGCUUCUCUUCUCUCUGAGAUAAUCAAAACCCAAUAGUUAUGGGUGCCUAUAUUGCAACUAUCACCUUCCUGCUGUUCAUGUCCUUAUCAUUACCAAAUACAGUAGCUCAAACAAAACCACAACUACUAGAGCGGAUAGCACCGGGUUCCUCACUUUCCCCCCAUAGUAGUGAUUACAACUCUAUGUGGAUUUCUCCUUCCUGCCUAUUUGCUUUUGGCUUUUAUCCACAAGGCAACAAUGGUUUUGUCGUUGGGAUUUGGUUGAUUGGCAAGAUAAACAACACACUAGUAUGGACUGCAAACCGGGAUGAUCCUCCAGUAACCUCAACUGCAAAGCUACAAUUCACCGUUAAUGGUACAAUAAUACUAACAGAUCAACAGGGACAAGGGAAGCUUAUUGUUAAUGCUAAUACAAGAGCUUCCUCUGCCUCCAUGCUUGAUUCUGGGAACUUUGUACUAUACAGCGACAAUAAUAAUUCAAGGAUCAUAUGGCAGAGUUUCGAUCACCCAACUGAUACUUUGUUAGGGAGUCAAUCUCUACCAUGUGGAGGCCAACUGUCCUCUAGUUUGUCAGAGACCAAUUACUCAACCGGAAGGUUUCAUCUCAACAUGCAAGUUGAUGGAAAUCUUGUUCUGUAUCCAGCAUACACAACAGAAACAGUUUGGGAUGCUUAUUGGGCGUCAGAUACUAAUGGUGUCAAUGUCAAAUAUCAUCUUUACCUCAACAAUACAGGAUUACUGCAGAUCUUGAAUAGCAGCCGUGAUUAUGACCUUAUUAAAACUUUGAUUCAUGCUGAAGAAAACCAAAAUACUGGACGACACCAGACUGUUUAUCGUGCAACCCUCGAUUUUGAUGGGUUUUUUCGGCUGCAUGCUCAUUAUGUUAACAAUGGCAGUGACAAAAUUAUAGCAGGUUUUCCAACAAGCAGCAGGACAUGUGCAGUAAAAGGGUUUUGUGGCUUCAACAGCUACUGCACAUUCGAUGACAACAAACAAUUGUGCAAGUGUCUCUCUGGUUAUAAAUAUAUAGAUGAAAAUGAAAAGACUCUUGGCUGUGAAAGGAACUAUUCAAAAGUAGAGUGUAGAGGUGACAAAGAUGGUUUGACCUUUUAUAACAUGGUCCUGAUGAACAAUAUUGUAUGGAAGGACCAUCCUUAUUUUAAAGAUGACAAGAUGCCAACAGAAGAAGCAUGCUCAUUGGCUUGUUUGGUUGAUUGCAACUGUUGGGCUGCAAAGUAUGAAUCUGGAAGCUGCACGAAACAAGGACUGCCUUUGAGAUAUGUCAAACGAACAUAUGAAGCUUACGAUUCUACCACGACUUUCAUAAAGGUUGGAAACAACAGCAUCCAAAACUCAGAGGAGCAUGAAAACCCUUAUGCUUUUCCCCUUCCAAUCAAGAGUACAAGUAACAAAGCAAUAGUGCAUAUUAUUGUUGUUACUUUGGUACUUAGCAUCGUUUUGUGUUCAGGUAUGUUUAUAUCCAUCCAUUACAUGUACAAGAUUCGUGUACUAAAGUAUAAAAGGCUAACAGAAACUGGGAACUUUGGAGGGUUGAAUGAAGAUUUGGCUUUGAGAAGAUUUACAUACAAUGAGCUGAGAAGAGCAACAAAUCAUUUUAAGGAAGAGUUGGGUAAGGGAGCUUUUGGAAAAGUUUACAAAGGAGCCUUAAACAAAGGCAAUAGAUUGAUUGCAGUAAAGAGACUGGAGAAGUUAGUGGAAGAAGGAGAGAGGGAGUUUCAAGCAGAAGUGAGAGCCAUUGGGAAAACCCACCACAGGAACCUAGUUAGAUUACUUGGUUUCUGUUCUGAGGGUUCUAAAAGGCUUCUGGUUUAUGAAUACAUGAGCAAUGGUUCACUUGGAAAGCUUCUGUUUGGUGGUCAAAGACGUCCGGGUUGGGAUGAAAGAGUAAGAAUAGCACUGGAUAUUGCUAGAGGGAUCUCGUAUCUCCAUGGAGAGUGUGAGGCAUCAAUCAUUCACUGUGACAUAAAGCCUCAAAAUAUUUUGAUGGAUGAGUUUUGGACUGCCAAGAUAUCUGAUUUUGGUCUUGCAAAACUUCUAAUGCCGGACCAAACCAGAACUUUCACAGUGAUUAGAGGGACAAGAGGCUACAUGGCUCCAGAGUGGAACAAGAACACCCCAAUAUCACUGAAGGCAGAUGUUUAUAGCUAUGGAAUAAUGCUGUUGGAGAUUCUAUGUUGCAGAAGAAACCUAGAUGUUAAUGUGUUGGAACCUGAGGAGAUUCUUCUCUCUGGUUGGGCUUAUAAGGUUUUUGUUGUAGGAGAGGUAAGUAAGCUUGUUCCUUGGGAAGUCAUCGAUAAAGAUGUCCUGGAAAAUAUGGUUAAUGUGGCACUUUGGUGUAUCCAAGAUGACCCUUUUCUCAGGCCAACAAUGAAGGGUGUGGUGUUGAUAUUAGAAGGAGUUACUGAUAUAGCAAUUCCUCCAUGUCCAGUUUCCAAUUCUGCCUGAAGAAAAUGUUGCAGCCAUUCCUCAUGUGGCUUCCAGUUUGUUAAUUUUUGUCAUUGCUUUUCUUUCAUUUGUUAAAGUUUUCUUGUGUAGCGCAAAAAUAAAGAUAGCAAGCCAAAAACUAAUGUAGUUCUUCUUCAUGUCAAUUAAUGUUACAAUUUAGCAGCAUA